GAAUCUAAGUAAGCCAAUGAGUGGAAAAAUUAAUAGGAACAUUUCCGUUUCUCUUUAAUUCCUUUUCGGUAAUCCCUAAGUUUGUUAAUAGUAAUCGGAACACAAAGCAAGGCUGUUAUGAUAUAAGUCAUUAGAAAUAAAUUAGCACAGUCAUAAAAGCUAUUAGGUAUGUAGGUUGUAACUAGUUAAUAGGUAGUAUUAUGUUUUCGAUUAUGCUAAUUUGAUGAUGCAUCAUUUGCCUUGGGGACCACGACUCAAUCCAGUUUUGUUCGAAGCGUUGUGGGGGACACAAUGUUGUUAAUUUAAAUCUAAAUAAAUUGUAUUUUUACUCUUUUAAACCAAAGAUAACAAGGUACAACUUAAAAGUUAGAUUCUAUAUAAAAUAAGUACCUGCUACAUAAGUUUUAUUCCACUGUGAUAAUAGUGUUCACAAUUUGUUUUUAAAAUGGCUGUGACAAGGUUUACGCUGCUCUUUUGUUUAUUCUUUGUGUGCUCAAAGUCAGAAGAAACCAAUAGCACCGAAGUUGAGUUGAGCAAAAAAGCGGACGGCGCGCCAACUUCGGUAGACUCGAGGUUUUUUGAUCUCGGUGGGAUUAUCAACCAACUAUUCCCCGGGUUUAAUCAGGGAAAUCAGGGUGGGCCUGGAGGUAAUCCGGCCGGAAUGGAUUUCCCAGCUAAUUCACAGUUUUAUCCCACCUUUCCCAUUCAGGGUCAAAACCCUCAAGUACCCAUGGGGCAAACCCCUCAAAUGCCAAUAGGGCAAGGAACAUGGCCGGUUAUUGAUGACGCAAAGCAAUAUCCUAAUUUAGCGCAAACCGGCCCACAGCAACCACAAUUUAAUAACCCCGGCAACUUUGGCGGUUUUCCUCAACCACAGUACCCUAGCCAAGUAAACGGCGGAGGUUCACCGCAAAUGCAAUAUCCACCAAAUCAAGGAGGAUUUGGUAGUCAAUACCCUAACCUAGGUUCACUAUAUCCAGGAUAUAUUGGUCAACCCAUGCAAAACGGUCAAUUUCCAAAUCAGGGAGGCAUGAACCAGUUUCCACAGAACCAAAACCAAGGAAAUAUGUUCACGCAGCCAAUUUACCCUGAUCCAGGGAAUUUGGGUAAUACUGGGCCCCAGACGUUCCCGCCGCCCCCGGAUCAGAACAAUGGCGGGACAUUACAAAACCAGUUUCCAAAUAACGGAGGUUUGUUAAACCAGAUGCCGAAUAACAGGCCAGGACAGGGUAGCGAUGGCUCUUUAGACAGUAUGGUACCACCAACGCCGCAAGAUCCCUGGAACUCAAACAUGCCGAAUAAUUUUUCUCUGCUUCCCCAAAUGCCUGGAGCUCAGCAACCCGGUGGUAUCCCACCAGGAAACAUUGCAAUCUUGGGCAAUCCAGUGGUAGUACCACCAAGUACAACGGAGGCGGGGCUGAUAUUUUAUCCUAGCAGCACGGAAAGCGCAGCUAAAAAGCAAUGCGUGCAGGAUUGUCAGACGACCACAGAGUACAACCCAGUGUGCGGUUCAGAUAACGUUACUUACAUUAACCCCGGCAAGUUCGUGUGCGCCAGAAACUGUGGAGUGGAUGUUUUCGUGAUGCGGAAGGGCAAGUGCCCAAACGACGCGCCGUACCCUCGAAAUCUUCCUAAUAAAAGUAAUGGUUAGCCAGGCAAAUAAUAAGCAGAGCGCCACUUAAAUCAGGAGUCUGUUUUUACAAUCCGAUUUCCCUGGGAAUCACGACGAAUGCAUGCGGAUUAGCUGGUGGACCUACUGUACGUAGUAGUACAUUUAAGUACUUUUCAACGAAAACCUUAGCAUUUCGUAACCUAUUUAGUAUUCAAUGACAGAACGCGAGAAGCAACGGAACUCUAAAAAAGUAAAUAAACAUUCAAUUAUCAUA